CGCUUAUAUACUCGGUGUGUAUGUACAUAGGACUGUGAUCUGAUCAGUUUGCGGAGUUGGAGCCCCAGCCCACAGCCCUAGUCCUAGUAUUGGCAGCAGCAGCUAUAGAUAUUUCUGCAGAGCAAGCAGCAGGCUCCCACCUACCCAAGGACAGAAGAUCGCUCCAAGACAGUGAGAGCUUCUCUGCCAUUUCAGUGCAAAGUCCCUGCGGAGCGACCUCAGAGGAGUAACCGGGCCUUAACUUUUUGCGCUUGUUUUGCUAUAAUUUUUCUCUAUCCACCUCCAUCCCACCCCGACAACACUCUUUACUGGGGGGGUCUUUUGUGUUCCGGAUCUCCCCCUCCAUGGCUCCCUUAGCCGAAGUCGGGGGCUUUCUGGGCGGCCUAGAGGGCUUGGGCCAGCAGGUGGGUUCGCAUUUCCUGUUGCCUCCUGCCAGGGAGCGGCCGCCGCUGCUGGGCGAGCGCAGGGGCGCGGCGGAGCGGAGCGCCCGCGGCGGGCCGGGGGCUGCGGAGCUGGCGCACCUGCAUGGCAUCCUGCGCCGCCGGCAGCUCUACUGCCGCACCGGCUUCCACCUGCAGAUCCUGCCCGACGGCAGCGUGCAGGGCACCCGGCAGGACCACAGCCUUUUCGGUAUCUUGGAAUUCAUCAGUGUGGCAGUGGGACUGGUCAGUAUUAGAGGUGUGGACAGUGGUCUCUAUCUUGGAAUGAAUGACAAAGGAGAACUCUAUGGAUCAGAGAAACUUACUUCCGAAUGCAUCUUUAGGGAGCAGUUUGAAGAGAACUGGUAUAACACCUAUUCGUCUAACAUAUAUAAACAUGGAGACACUGGCCGCAGGUACUUUGUGGCACUUAACAAAGAUGGAACUCCAAGAGAUGGCGCCAGGUCCAAAAGGCAUCAGAAGUUUACACAUUUCUUACCUAGACCAGUGGAUCCAGAAAGAGUUCCAGAAUUGUACAAGGACCUACUGAUGUACACUUGAAGUGUGAUAGUGAAAUUAUGGAAGAGUCAAACCACAACCAUUCUUUCUUGUCAUAGUUCCCAUCAUAAAAUAAUGACCCAAGAAGACAUUCAGAAUAUUAAAGUCUAUUUUCUACUGGGAGACUGGAUUUGGAAAGAAUAUUGAGAAAAAAAAACAAAAAAAAAUCUUGACUAGGGAUAGAUCGUGAUCACUCUUUAUAUGUGGAUUAAGUUCCCUUAGAUACAUUGGAUUAGUCCUUACAAGUAGACUGAAGCCAAAAAUCUGUUAAAUUUUGAAUAAUGGGAACCCUCACAUGGUUGCUGCUGGUGCCUCACCUCUCUGGAUUAUGUUUACUUUAAAAUUUAUGUUAAAAAUAGAGACUUCAUGUUGAAGAAAUGGAUUGACUUAGCCAAGAUCAUUGCUACAUAAACUCUGAGAACCUUUUAGAAUUCACAGGUUGUGGCAUUAUAUGUUUUAAGAAAAAAAAAAA